CUUUCUGCAUCGAAGGAUCAGGAAGUUUGUGCUCUCUGCGUGGCUGAGAAGUUUUUCACCUAGUAGGACGGGGGUGGGGUGGGGGAAACAGGUGUCCUCCUGAAAUAGAGCACAAGCUGCAGCCUGCGUCCAACUGUAACCCAGGAGUAACAUCAGUUACAACGUUAAAGACUUUGUGCUAGUUGCUAUGGAGAAUGUAAAAACACAAGAAGACAUUAUUCCUGCCCUCGAGAAGUUUACAGUUGAGAGACAGCCAUACCAAAAGAAAGACUAUAUUAAAUACUUUAAAGGAAAAACAAGUGAGAAUGACUACAUUAACUCACCGGACCCGUCGCACUGAAAUAAACAAGAACUCUGAAAAGAAGGUAGAAAGUGAGGAAGAUAAUAACCAAGAGAGGAUUCCAGAUAACGAAGAUUCUGGAGACUCUAAGGAUAUUCGCCUCACCCUUAUGGAAGAAGUAUUGCUCCUGGGACUAAAAGAUAAAGAGGGUUAUACAUCUUUCUGGAAUGACUGCAUAUCAUCUGGCCUGCGAGGGGGCAUCCUGAUAGAGCUAGCCAUGCGGGGUCGAAUCUCUCUGGAACCCCCCACCAUGCGCAAGAAGCGACUACUAGACAGAAAGGUGCUGCUAAAGUCAGACAGCCCAACAGGUGAUGUUUUACUGGAUGAAACUCUCAAACACAUCAAAGCAACUGAACCCACAGAAACUGUCCAAACAUGGAUAGAGCUUCUCACUGGUGAGACCUGGAAUCCCUUCAAAUUGCAGUACCAGCUGAGAAAUGUACGAGAGCGAAUUGCAAAGAACCUAGUAGAGAAGGGCAUUCUAACCACUGAGAAACAGAAUUUCCUGCUGUUUGACAUGACUACUCAUCCAGUGACCAAUACAACAGAGAAACAGCGACUAGUGAAAAAACUUCAAGAUAGUGUACUAGAGCGGUGGGUAAAUGACCCUCAGCGUAUGGACAGGCGAACACUAGCACUCCUGGUGCUAGCACACUCCUCUGAUGUGCUAGAGAAUGUCUUCUCCUCUCUAACAGAUGACAAAUAUGAUGUGGCAAUGAAUAGAGCCAAGGACCUAGUAGAACUGGACCCUGAAGUAGAGGGGACAAAGCACAAUGCUACAGAGAUGAUCUGGGCUGUGCUGGCAGCCUUCAAUAAAUCCUAGAGCCAGCAGAUGGGUUUUUUCUUUUUACAUGCUGGCUGGUGACUUUCUGAGACCCCAUCACUGAGUUUGGUGUCAUGAAAUGUUUUCAUCAUUUUUUAUUCCUUCUCUUGGGUCAGACUCAUGAUUUGGGGAGAGGAAUUUUAGGGCUUCUCCAUAUGCCUUGAUCUUUAUAAGCAGAUGUUGUUUCCCUAUACUUUCACUCCAUAGAUGAAUAAACUGGGUGAGCCCACACACACCCAAUAAAUACUUUUCUUCCAUUUCUUGGUUUAAUUUCAUCCAUUGUACUUUUGGAUAAACAGAAAUAUGAAUAUCUAAGUGGGGUUUCAAGUUCUACAACAGAAUGUGAAUGAGAUGAAAAGCAAACCAUUUAUUAUAUUUUUCUAAGUUUAUUUUCUAUCUUAAGUACAUGUUACAGAGUCUUUUGUCUCUCAGGCUCUGCUGAAUAAUAUAGUUUAUUGAAUUAAUUGUCCUUAAAUGAGCAGCAGUGGAAACAAAAUUAAUUUUUGAAGCAGAUGGUCUCUGGGAUUGUAUGUCCUGCUACAGAUUUUUUUAUCUUUCUUUUUCUAACCUACUGAAAAUGUCCCUGAUUUGAUUACCUGGAUCUCACACUCCUAGAACCAGAAAUAUAUCCUAUACUCAUUUUAGCAUCAUCAUGCUCCUUCACUCAUUAAGACAAAAGUUUAAAUGAAAAAGAAAAAAUGUGUCACAACAACCUCCUUCAUAUAGUCAGCAUUAUAAUUUGAAGAGGGUAGAGGUGGCCUGAGAAUUUCCAUCCUUUAGCACAAGACUGUCCUAUUUCCUCUAGACUAUUUAAAUGGUUCUGCUCUAAACCUGACAUGGUAGCACAUACCUGCAAUCCUAGCUGCUGAGGAGGUUGAAGUAGGAAGAUGGCAAGUUGAAGGCCGGCCUAGGCAACUUAGACUCUGUCACAAAGUAAUGAUCUGAGGAUAAUAGUUCAGUGAUAGAGUGCUUGCCUUGGUUCAAUCCCCAGUACCACAAAUGUUUGUAUUUAUAUGUCUCUGCUCUGAUUGAAUUGAGGAAAUUGUAAGUUUCAAUUACCAAAAAGCACUCUGAGUUCAGGCUGUAUAUCUAAAUGCCACAUCUUCUUUUUCCCUAUUUUUGGGUUCCUACACAAAUUGAAAAAGUUCUACCUAUAUUUAAGAGUUCUUGGAGUAGUUUUGUCUAUAUUUAAUGUACAAGUACCCAUCUGGUCUUCAGUCUUAUUUCAAUGCAACCAUUGAGUUAAACCAUUCUAGCCAAAUCUCUAAAAUGUUUUUCAUUUCAGUACUGAGAGUAAAGAGAAGCUAUAUUAAUAAAGAUCCUAUGUAAAGGGGCAAUUUUUUGUCAGGAGUACACUGAUGUAAGGUAUUGUAUUGAGGGGUAUGAAAAGGACAGGCACUGAGUUGUACUAAUGUCAAGCAUUUAUUAUACUUUCAUUAGCUCCUGCCUGUUGACCACUGUGGAGAAACAGGCUGUUAAACCCAGACCUGUCAUCACAUUCUCUUGAUCAGAAAUAAUUAAAUGAUUAACUUUAUCCCCUCCCUCAAACGUAAAAUUCCAUAAAAAGUCCCGAACUCAACACUUUGUUUUCACUUCUGGCUCUUCUUAGGUGCAUAAAGAUAUAAUUGUAACAUGAAACAAAUUUUAAAUGAGAAGCUAAGUAGAGCUUUAGUCUAGCCUCUCUAAAAUUACAAAAGCUAGUCAUGUACUGUUGCUACCUGAUGUAACUUUUCUUUCCAUUUAACAAUUCGGCAUGAAUUGAAACCAGGUUUUCCAAAGUUUUAGUUUGAUUGUGGGGUAGAUUGAGUUCCUUCUUUGCAACUCUUUAGUGUUUAUUUUAAUUUGUAUCUCAAUAUGAUGAGGAUGUCUUCAGUUCAAAUCUUCAUAAUGUUCAUUGCCAAACACCUUCUUAUUUAAUUCAUAUGGCCUUCACAUUUCUAUAUAAUAAAGAUCAAUUAUUAUCUUUCUGGUCUUUUUGUACAUAGUUUUAUAGCAAUUUUCAUUUGUUUUAGAAAAAUAAUUUUUCACAUGAGGGUAAUAAUGCCUCCCCAUUUACACUACCAGACCAGUCUCUGUUUUAUACCUGUAAUCCCAUUUACCUGGGAGGCUGAAGCAGGAGGAUCACAAGUUCAAGGCCAGCCUGGGCAACUUUGUGACUAUCUCCAUCUCAAAAUAAUUUUUUUAAAAAGGAGCUGGGGAAGGGGAUGUAGUUCAGUGGUAGAACAUCCCCGGAUUCAAUCCCCACUACUGGAAUAUUUAAAAAGAGAGAGCAAGCGAGAAAGGAAAUAGCUCAGCUUUGUUGAUUUUCUUUUACAUUCUAGGUGGUAAAAAAAGAGAGAGAUUCAACUUGAGGGAGGAGGGAGCAAAUAUUCCUGAAAAGCUCUUCAAAUAGACAUAUUUUAUGUGGGAUUUUUUUUCUUUGAAUAUAACUAAUUUGGCCAUCAUUUUUUUCUUAACCUAAUUGGACCUCCAUAAGUAUAAUAGUAUAUUUUUUCUGAACUUUUUUAGAAACUUAGCUUUAAUCUUGGGGUUUCUACCCCUUCAGACAGGCUCCAUGAAUGAAUCCACAUGUUUGCCACAUAGAGUCAACCUAACAAUGAUGGACAUCAUUUUACUGAGUUUUAUGGGGGGGUCGGAAUUCAAAACCAAAGAUUUCUUGGAUCUCAGAUAUUUGAAAUUUUUCCUCCUGAACUGAAGACAAGUA